AUGGAAUUGGGCAACACUGCUGGCAGGCAAAGCGGUCUCACUUCUGCCAACCACUCUGACCCUUACAACCACCGGCCCAGAGGCUCUUGGGAUAGACCAUUCAGGGAAGGUCCGGCUAUGGCGACCGCAACCUUGCUCAAUCCCGCACCUCACUACCAAACCCAACAACCCUCGUACCCAUCCAAUUAUCCUCGCUCGGCUGCUGGCUCAAACAUGCCUGGCAUCAUCUCCCCCGUGGAGCCCAGGAGGAGGCCAGAAGAGAGUGAGCCUCAACGGCAAUCGCUGCCAUCAAUAUCAGAGGUGAUAUCAGGCACGAAACCACAAACGUCUGCGUUUCCACCGUCGCUCUCGACAUCGGUCCAAGGCGCACCGAGUCUGCCGUCGCCCUUCACAUCCUCAUCCUCAUCUCGACCUUUCGCCGACCUGUCACCUCAGGAAAAACAUCCGUCACCGAGGUCGUUACACAAUCCGGCGUCUUUCCCCGCGAGGAGCGAACCGAUGGCCCCAUUUUCUGAUCCUUCUAGAGCUCCAUUAUCUAGCAGGCCACCGGCGCUCGCGCCCGUCAACACUUUCCAUUCAGGGGCACGACCCUCUCCGCCACCUUUGAAGACCGAGUCUCAUCCAGCCGAGAGGCAAGCAGAGGCUCACAGACUAAAUGGUUCUUACCCACCAUCAGCAGCGGAACAAUCAAAUCUCCCGUACCCACAACAGGGCCAGCUCCCUCCAGGGCAGUUGCCCCUUUCAGCACAUCCCAUGUCUCCCCGAUACCCCGGACACUCCCUCCCUUCGCCGUUUGAUGGUUCGCGGUCAUCGAUGCAUGAAGACUCAGAUUACCUGAGGAGGGAAAACAAGUACGAGCAGACGCUAAGCAGACACUUCGAGGCAUGGCAAUAUCAGGAGUCACUUGCCAAGAUUGCAUCUGGAUCACGGACCAUUUUCAACUUUGCAGAUGCCUACGGCCGGUGUGCUGCGGAAGAGCAAGGCCCUGGCUCCCAUCCCAUGCCAACGCGACUACCGUCAGAACGCGAGAUCGGAGACAUGUUGAACAUGGCAGAAUGGAUGCGCGGGAUGCUAGACAACCUGCGAACAAUGGUCCAGCAGAGUGUCGUGAUGAACGACCGAGCACGCGAGGCUAGCCGAGGCAAGGGUCCCUACGAGGACGAGGACAUGGCCAUGUAUGGCGACGGCAUGAAGUCGGCUUACGAGAUGGCCGGUGUCAAGAAGCGGAGAGGACGUGCCGCUCCUCCUGGCCGAUGUCACAGCUGCAACAGGAUCGACACACCUGAGUGGCGCCGUGGACCCGACGGCGCGCGAACGCUUUGCAACGCGUGCGGCCUGCACUACGCCAAACUGGAGAGAAAGAAACAAAUCGACGCCAAGAACAUCCGCCCUAGGCCGUCGGUUGAAAGAGGCUAG